AUGCGUGUGGACUUCGAUCAUCACAAGGUGACUGGUGCAGCUGCGAGACUGGCACUGUUAGCUCACCUGCAGCUGACUGGUACAGCUUCAAGACUGGCACAGUUAGCUCACCUGCAGCUGACUGCUACAGCUACAAGACUGACACUGUUAGCUCACCAGCAGCUGACUGGUACAGCUUCAAGACUGGCACUGUUAGCUCACCUGCAGCUGACUGCUGACUGGUACAGCUUCAAGACUGGCACUGUUAGCUCACCUGCAGCUGACUGGUACAGCUUCAAGACUGGCACAGUUAGCUCACCUGCAGCUGACUGGUACAGCUUCAAGACUGGCACAAUUAGCUCACCAGCAGCUGACUGGUACAGCUUCAAGACUGGCACUGUUAGCUCACCUGCAGCUGACUGGUACAGCUUCAAGACUGGCACUGUUAGCUCACCUGCAGCUGACUGGUACAGCUUCAAGACUGGCACAGUUAGCUCACCUGCAGCUGACUGGUACAGCUUCAAGACUGGCACUGUUAGCUCACCUGCAGCUGACUGGUACAGCUUCAAGACUGGCACUGUUAGCUCACCAGCAGCUGACUGGUACAGCUUCAAGACUGGCACUGUUAGCUCACCAGCAGCUGACUGGUACAGCUUCAAGACUGGCACUGUUAGCUCACCUGCAGCUGACUGGUACAGCUUCAAGACUGGCACUGUUAGCUCAUCUGCAGCUGACUGGUACAGCUUCAAGACUGGCACUGUUAGCUCACCAGCAGCUGACUGGUGCAGCUUCAAGACUGGCACUGUUAGCUAA